GUCGUUAACAGACAAACUUUCCAUGCUUAUGGCCCGGCCGGGCGGCGACAAUGCCCAGAAAGAUGACGUGCCUUGGUGGAUGCGCUACGCUGGUCGGGGAGUUGGAACAGUUGGCGGCUUCAUUGCCAUAAUCCUGGGUCUGCUAAACUGCAUCAGUAUUGUAUUGCUGGAUGUAGGGUGCCUCAUAGCCGGUAUCUGGCAGAUGUUGGCCGGGUUCAUAGUGAUAGUGUGCGAGGCUCCGUGCUGCUGCUUCUUCAUAGACUAUGUCCAGACCCUCAGCGAUAAGAUGGAGACGAGGCCUUACUGGAACAAGGCAGCUUGUUAUGUUGGGCUCUCAGUCCCUCCAUUCUUCAUGUGUUUCAUAAGCAUGAGCACGUGGUUCGGCAGCGGUCUGAUCUUCGCCACCGGCAUCAUCUACGGAAUGAUGGCAUUAGGCAAAAAGGGGUCUCGCGACGACAUGGCGGCGAUGGCGGCGGGCGGCACCACGCCCCCGGGCGCUCCGCUGUCGGCCUCGCACGACCACAACGUCACCCUCAUGGAGGACCCCGACGUGUGGCGCCCUAACUAA